ACUCAAUGUGGCUACACGUUUGUUUUUAGCGGACACGCAUAGCCACGCGGUCCGCCACGUGACAACAAACGUCACGUGAGAAUUUUCGCGCGUAUUUUAGCAUCAAUCAGUGUCAGAAUGUUCCGCUAGUGUCGUAUUCGUUAUACUGAACAUGGAUUAUAUCGAUGACUUUAGAACAUUCUAAUUAAUUAAUGGUAUUAUGUAAACAUGUAUGGUUUAUCGGUAGUGUUGGCGGUUUUCCUGGUGUUCGCGGGCCCUUCCUGCACCGGCUCAGAUAAUUUAGCGCUGCUGAUUGACACUCUCAAGACAGUUCAUCGAACGGUGUGUGAUGAUGAGCAAGUGUCCUUGGCCUGUCCCACAGGAACGUCUAUCAGCAUUCAAGUCGCACAGUACGGGAAUGCUGCGCCGAAAGACCAGGGUUGUGUGGCGGAGACUACGCUGAUAGGCACGGAAGGGGAGAAGAAAUGCAAAUGGCCAAACUCAAUGCAGUAUUCGCUUCUGCAAACUGUGGUUCAGGAGUGCCAGAAGAAGUCCCAGUGCAUCUUCAGUACGACGCUGAAGCCAGGACUAGCGGAUCCCUGUCCCUCUGCGAGAAAAUAUGUUGAAAUGGCAUACAAAUGUCGGCCUUUUGAAUUUCGGAGCCGCACAGUAUGCGAGAAUGAGGUUGUGAAGCUGAGCUGCAACCGUAAUUCGAGGAUCGCAAUAUUUGACGCCAAGUAUGGAAGAACACCGUAUGAGACGAUAUCUUGUCCACAAGCACAGGGUCUGCCCGACGAGAAAUGCUCGGCGCCAUACACUGUUGAGAAGGUAAUGCAGAUAUGUCUCGGGCGGAGAAGAUGUCAAAUCGUCGUAAACGCAAGGAAUUUUGAAUCUACUUGCAAACCGCAUACGACGCCUUAUCUCAAAAUCGUUUAUGCUUGUGUGCCUUUAGGUGUUCUGAAUGAACGUUAUGAGAGCGCAAUGGAAAGAGACGAAAUCGACGAAGACAAUGUCCAAAAUGGAAAUCUGUUUGAUGAAUCUGAAGAGGCUGGAGAAAAAUUCAGUGAGCCCGGCACCGGGUCGGCAGUACAACUACCCGCUGGAGAACCGACCAUUGAUCUGGACAAAAUUGAGGAGACUACAGUACGUGCUACUAAAAUCCCCCUACAAAAAGGACCAGAUACAAUAUUGAACCCGAACAUUUUUAUGUAUACAGGCUUAACAAUCACCAUUAUUGUUAUAUGCAUACUCAUAUUUAUUGGUUUCUACUGUUAUAAAACGAGAAAAGAAAAAAACAAUUCAAAAAACGGCAAUAUGUUUUCAACUGAAGCACCCAAUGUGUUCAGCGACAUUGCCUCGGACGUGGACAACGACGUUGACGUCAGUCAUAUUUCUGGAACAUUCUACGAUCCGUUGCAUCCAGACAUGAUGGUGUAUAGAGAUGGUGUGACCAGAAACACUAUACGAGCCAUGAGACCACUCUCCACAGUAUAUCCAUGUGCAGGCGUUAGUAUGUAUGGUAAUAUGGAAACUAUGCCUUCCCAAUCUAGAAACAUAGAUGCUAGAUUCACUAGAAGUAGAUGUAAAGAGGAACAAAGUACACCUGAAUUGCUCAGCCCGAGAUGUCUCGGAACUGAUUCCAAUUCGCAAUUUUAUUACGGUUGGCGACAAGAGCUAUGAUGAAUUAAUAUCUCGGAAAAAUAAAUACAAUCUUGUGAUUUAAAUAGGAGAGUCUACAGAUGACGGGGCUUGAAAAGCUACGGUAGACUCGAAAAUAGUGCGGUAAGAUUUUAAUGUAAAUAAAACUAAUGGAUUCGUUAUUUGAAUAAAGUUUGUAUUUUUCUCUACUUAUUGACACCGUUUUUUUUUGAGUUCGAUUCUAAAUA